GGGAGCCGCCGGGCAGACACCAGCCGAGCCGCCCGCCCGACAGCCGGCUUGCGGGGAGCGAUCGGCAGACCCACCCCGCCAGGGCAGCAGGCCACCCGGGACAGAGGACCAGGGCGACAGUAGGGGGAAGGUUGCGGAGGAGGAGGACGGGGGGAGACAGCCGAUCUCUCUCUUUUUUUGCACCCCCCCUUUUUAUUUGCAAGCGGCGGUUUGUAUUUCAGCGAUCGGGGGCUAUUUGCAGUGGAGGGGGGGUCGCAUUGCAACUCAGUCCCCCCCCCUUUUUUGUUGCUUUUGCUCCGCCGGGCCUGGGGCUGCCUCCCGCCCCCGCCCCCCUGGCGGUGAUGGAUGCGAGGCGGCGGCAUCCCCGGCUUGGCUAGAGGCGGCUGGGAUGGGGAGGGGGCCGCCGAGGCCACUCCCUAGGCCAGCGGGACCCUCUUCUUCCCCCCCUCCUUAGAUCGCGGCUUGCAAAGCGGACCCCCCCUUCCCCCCCUAUGAAAAUGGAUCCGGAUUUGCUAAUGACUCUUUCUGAACCGGGGGGGACCAAAGCGGAUCGAGAGGCGCUGCUGGCGCUGGGGCAGCUGCUGGCCGAGCAGAACCGGCCCUAUCUGAGGCUGGAGCCCCAGAAGGGCCCCGAUCCGGAUUUCGUGCUCCUCUCCCGGGAGAGCCCCGAGGGGAAGCCGGCCCUGAACGGCAUGAAGCUGCCGGCGGAGCUGGAGAGACCCCUUUUCCCCGACGGCUCCCUGGACUGUCUCUACCGGGUAGAAAAGGUGGACCGGGACCCCCCGGAGCCAAUCAGCGGCCGGGGAAGCGGCGCAGGUGGGGCCGGAGAUUGCCCCGGGGACGGGUUGGCGUUGAGGCUGGUUCCGGUUCGGGACACCUUGGAGCAGAACCCUGCCCUGGAGGGAGAAGAGCCGGCCGGCCUGGCGGUGCCUCCGGAUUUCCUCCUCCUGCCAGAGGAAGCAGGCCAAGGAGAACCGCCUGCGGUUUUGCCAGCAGAAGAGGAGGACUUGCUCUUGGUCAUGGAGUCUCCUCGAGAGGAGGUGCCGUUCAACUGUCUGCUGUACAGUAAUCCCUGGACUCCCAAUGGCGACAGUGGCCAGGGCCAGAGCUGCCCGGGGAGCCCCUUGGACUUCGCUCCCCAAGUUGGGAAUGGGGUGGACCUCUUCCCUGCGUUGUGUUCCCCCGGUGAUCUCAACCCACACAUUAAGUUUGGGGAGAUGGAGCAUCCGGACCAGGAGGCUGCAGGACCCCCAGAGGACUCGUCCCGGCUCCGAGCAGUCUUCGACGCCCUGGACCGCGACGGGGACGGGUUUGUCCGCAUAGAGGAGUUCAUCCAGUUUGCCACCGUGUACGGUGUGGAGCAGGUGAAAGACUUGACCAAGUUUUUGGACCCUGCUGGACUGGGAGUGAUCAGCUUCGAAGACUUCUACCGAGGAAUCACAGCGAUCCGGAACGGAGCCGAUCCUGAAAACCAGCUGUGUCCGAUGGGGUACACUCCAUCCGCCUGUCCUGACGAGUUCGAUGACUUUGUCACGUUCGAGGCAAAUGAGGUGACGGACAGCGCGUACAUGGGCUCGGAGAGCACGUACAGCGAGUGCGAGACGUUCACGGACGAGGACACCAGCACCCUGGUUCACCACGAGAUGCACGAUGAGGUAGAAACGGACAGCGCGAUCGAUUCCACCGUGCAUUCGGAGUACACGGAUCCCAGUGAGGAGCCGGAGAACGGGUCUCACCCCCCUGACCUCCCCUUGAGCUCGGACAUCAACGACCACUCCAUCAUCACUGUAAUCAGCGGGGAAGAGCAGUUUGAGGAUUACGGGGAAGGGAACGAGGCGGACCUCUUCUCAGACAGCUUGUGCAACGGGGAAAACAGCUUCUCCAACUCGUCCUUCCUUUCUCCCAGCGGCCACCCCCUCACCACCAAACUGCACAGCAUUAUCACUGACGAGGCGUUUGAGUUUUACUGUAGCCAGUGCCACAAACAAAUCAAUCGCCUCGAGGACCUUUCCGCUCGCCUAAACAGUCUUGAAAUGAAUAGUCCCAAUAAGAGACUCUCGAGCAAGAAGGUAGCAAGGCACCUGCAUCAGACGGGCACCCUCACUGUGGACAUGGAGGAGCCGUUCCGCAACAGUACGGAAUGCCUGGAGGAGGACAUCGCCGACAAGGUGAUCUUCCUAGAAAAAAGGGUGACGGAACUGGAAAAGGACACGGUCGCGAACGGAGAGCAGCACAGUCGACUGAAACAGGAGAACCUCCAGCUGGUUCACAGAGCUAACGCCCUGGAGGAACAGCUGAAAGAACAAGAGCUGAGAGCCGACGAGAUCCUGUUGGACGAAAUCCGGAAGCAGCGGGAGCUACUGAGCAAGAUGGAACGGGAGAAGAGCAUCGAGAUCGAGAACCUUCAAGCCCGGUUGCAACAACUGGAUGAGGAGAACGGUGAACUCCAGGCCUGUGUCCCUUGUCUGCGAGCCAACAUUGAGCGUCUGGAAGAGGAGAAGCAGAAACUGCUGGACGAAAUUGAAGACCUCACAAUGCAACUCAACGAGGAGCUGGAAAGUAAGCGGAAGCUGGGAGACAAGCUGAGCCACGAGAGGCACCAGUUCCAGAAGGACAAGGAAUCCACGCAGGAGCUGAUUGAAGACCUCCGGAAGCAACUGGAACACCUACAGCUCUUCAAGCUCGAGGCGGAGCAGCGGCGGGGGCGGAGCAGCAGCCUCGGCCUCCAGGAGUACAACAGCAGGACGCGGGAGACAGAGCUGGAGCAAGAGAUCAGGAGGCUCAAGCAGGAUAACCGGAACCUGAAGGAGCAGAAUGACGAACUCAACGGGCAGAUCAUAAACCUCAGCAUUCAAGGCGCCAAGAACCUUUUCUCUGCUUCCUUUUCUGAGUCUUUGGCAGCAGAGAUCAGCUCAGUCUCCAGAGAUGAGCUCAUGGAGGCGACGCAGAAGCAAAAAGAGAUCAAUCUCCGGCUUCAGGACUACAUCGACCGGAUCAUUGUGGCCAUCAUGGAAACCAACCCGUCCAUCCUGGAAGUCAAGUAAGAGGCCAUAGCUUCUUCGUCCUGCUGACCCAGGGUGCAGCGGAGUGGCUGCUCUGGAGGAGGAGGAGGAGGAGGAGGAGGAGGAGGCGGUGACUGUGGAGGAAUCUUUGCUUUGCGAAGAAAUCGCAGGAAGCCUCGUGGCGGACAGUUGGGUGAUGGAACCUGGUGGACCUGUGGGAGCCUCGUGGCCGGGGCGACUGUGGUGGUUUCAGGGUGGGAGGCGAAAAGGGAGUCUUCGGGCCAGGAGGCCAGCCACGGACACAGUGUGGGGCACUCGUGAACAUGUGCACACCCCCCAGCACGCGCCUGUGGGGACGUAGAGGGCACGCACAAGGCCGCAACUGGGAAUUGUUUUACUCUGGUCUUGCAAAUCUGGGGGGUGAAAAAGCAACUGCCAGGAAUAGCGGUAGGGGAGGGAGGGUUUGGUAGGAAGGGAAAACCAAAAUGCCAACCUGAUCUUUUGCCUGCGCCUCUGUGCGUUUUGCCACUUGCGACCUGAGCGCCCAUUGAGUCGCUCGGAAGCCUCGUCCCUUUGCAGAGCAGAGCUCUGUCUGAGAUUUAUCAGCACGAUGCAAAACAUGGCUGAUGGCUCUGCCCUCUUCGGCUAGGGGAAGGGAGCGGACCUGGGUCUGCCUCAAACGUUUUGUGCUGCCUGGCUUUCAGGGAGCAUUCGUUGGCUUUCUGCUGAGAGUUGUUCCGGACCCCUUUGCUUCUCGCCAGCUGCCUUAAAAUCCAUGGCUGGCGCUCUCCUUCUGGUGGGUAGAGAGCUUGGGAAAGGAGCCAUCCCACCAGGGUGGCCCUGCAGACGGACACUAUGUAGUUAGAGUCCCGUAGCAGCUACGGAGCCCUCUGUGGGUACCCUCUCAGCAGGUGAAGCUGUUGGUCUGCUGGAACCGGCAAGGCUGAGGGGGUGGGUGCUCUGCUGAUGAUACUGCAGCGCUGGAGGCAGAGCCAUCUCCCACCAACCCCAAACACACACACACACCCCGGUGCUGCAGCAAUCUCUUCCCGCUCUCUUCAUGGCCCGCCCUGCCUUCUGACAUAGCUCAGUUCUGCUCUCUCCCAUUAGGUUGCUUGAAGGCAGCUCGCCUGCUGGAAUAAUCCCGUGUUAGAGCAACGGAGGGCCGCCUCGGAAAGGGGCUCGUGCCGACACGGCCCCCCCGCCCUUUCCCUUAUCCAGCUAAACCCAAAGCCGGUUCUGCUAACCUCGGAUGAGUUUUCCAUUCCCCUUGGAAAGGAUGAGAGGAGAUUGCCCCACGGUUGCUGUGCCACUUUCCCCUGCGCUGCAGUCGAAGAAGAAACAAGGGGAUGCCUGGAUAUUCUGGGAAGGGGUUUGGGAAGAACUUUGCAUGUCUUCGUUCUCCAAGGAAGAGGUGCACUUUGCUUGGGAACAGACAACAACAACCACACGGGGGCUCUGUUUCUACUGAAUUGUAGGGGGUGAAGGGUGGAUCCCAGCCACGCCUGUUUUUAUAUCUGCCCUCGGCGGUUGUUUUAAAUGUUCUUUUUGGUUAACCCCCCCCCCCUUCAGUUUUAAUGGCACAAAUAGGGAAAAGAAGCCCCUGGUGGAGGAAUGAUCCAAUGAGGGUAGAUUUGCACUGUAACUUGAUGUGAACGCCCCCUCCUCUCCGAGCCUGAGUGCUGAGCGGCCAAGUGUGCGCAGCUCUCCCAUGGAGGCUGGGGAUGGUGAGUUUUUGCCUUCUCCUCAGAAUCUCUCUUAGACUCCUCCUCUCUCGAAAGCACAGACACAACAACCACACCACAGCCAGCCGCGAGGUGUCUGGCACGGCCUCUCCGGACAGGCCGAGGCCCCCCCGAUCCUUCCAAUCCUCGUGAAGAGGUUGGAGCGAGCGAAACAAGCCCGCGAAUCGUGCUUCCUCCCCUCUGCCUUGCAAACCGGAUGGCGUUCGAGUGCUUUAGCCUUAGAGUGCCACAGAGCUACGCAGUCCUGUUAUUAAAUGGAAAAAUGCACCAAAGGAAAACACACGCACACACCCGAAUCCGUUGUCGCACCACUGAGCUAGGGCGGUUAGGAUGGGUUGGCUGGAGAAUCCUGCAAGACGUUGGCCCAGCUGGCGUGGAAAUAGCUAACUUGAAACAAAUACCAAGUGGGAAUUAAAGACGUCCGCAGUUUCAGGGAGAUCAAACGUGCGUGUGCGAAUGGGGGGCGCAGAAGCGAAGAACUGCUUCUCUGCCUCCCUCCCACCCACAAAACAGUUCUCAAAACCCAGGUCGAUCAAGGUGUUUUCACUCCCUUUUUGACGCUGCAGGAAGGGCCCGGGUACUGUACAGCUCUGGAUGUCGGGGUGUAAAUCAGUAUAUACUUGGAGAGGGAAAGAUUUUUUUUUUCCUUUUUCUAUCUUGUAGAGUUAGGUAUUUUUUUAUAGAAUGGAGGUUGAUCAAUUUUUUAAAAAAACUUCCAAGAAGAGAGCAAUGUAUCUGUGUAUAUACACACAAAUAUAUAUAUAUAUGUAUGUAUGUAAGUAUAAUGUACAAAUCUAUAAAUAUGAGAUCUUGCCUUUCUCGAAGUGGGCACACGUUCUAUCCACAAACACACAAGCGCACUCCCCUCUCUGCCUUCUGGCUGAUCACAAAGAGGUACUGUAAUGUAAAUAAAUCACAGGAAGAAAAAAAACACCAACCGUUUAAACUGACAACGACAAGAAAAAAGCAAAGCACUGACUUGCACAUGGCUUUAAUUUCCCGAGGAAAAAAAAACCUUGUUCUUCCCUGCUAGUAUGUGAAGGAAUUUCCCCAAAAAGAGGCAAACAAUGUCUGUCUUAACGGGUGUACUGACUCUUGUCUGAUUAAAAGCUGUUACCGUCUCUUUGCAGGAGA